AUGUUAUUAUAUAGUCCAUCUAUACCUCAGUCUACCUAUCAGCAGAUCGAUCUAUAUGAAUAUAUAAUCCUUCGCCUGCGUGAAUCCGGGAUCAUUGAGCAGCUCUUUCGAUCUCGCGUCUCCAAUGCCACCGAGUGUCUGAAGCCGGUCGGUGUGGAGAGCGGCAGUGUAGAGAGACCCUUAGAACUCGGUGAUUUCUAUGGGGUUUUUAUUGUCUAUGCUGUCGGAAUCGCAUUGGCAAGUCUCUCCUUCCUGCUGGAGUUCGUGAUAGCCUGCGGAAAAACUACAAGCCAUGCUGAAUGAUAACUUCCAGUGAUGAAAUUUCCGUAGAACAAUGGAACCGGUAACUUUAUUUCAGGCAUCGAACCAUCAAAACGUAUUCUACACUUUAUUGUUUGAAUAGUUGUCAAAGAUAAGUUCACAAAACCUGUUUCAUUAGUAUAUGCAGUUGACGGUAUGCAUUUGCUUUAAUUUCGGAAGCACUUCCUCUAUUAAGUUAUGUUGAUGUGAGUACUUGUAUCCUACGCUUUUAGUUUUGUUCAUUUACGCUCGUGAGUUGGAACUUACUUGAAUAAUGGUGAUGCCACACAAUAUAUUACUGAUAUACAUAAUAAAUUUAUAAUACUGCUCUUCACCUCUCUUCUUGGUCUAAAUCUUUGUAUACCUUUCCUUUUUUCCCCAUGCCAUUAUUUUACUUUACUUAACUAGUCGUGUUCACUAAGAGUAUAGUAGAAAUUAAUGUGGAACACAUAACUGUAAAUUAAAGACAUGUCCAACCCAAAGUUUUUAUUUCCGUAUUUGUUAUUCUCUGACCACAGUUUUCUCAAGUAAUAAAGGAUAUUUAAUGGCACCAUCAUAUUGAAUGUAUUGUUUCAUUCCCAACCUCCUUUUGACAUGUACCUUUUCUCAUGGAAGAUCGAGUUUAUUAAAUUUUAAUUGAUAUUUAAAAUAUUCUAUGAACUGUUCUUGAAUUUCAAAAAGAUGACCAGUUUAUUGCCAAAAUAGGGGAAUUCCUUGAACAUGUAUACACAGAGGUCUGUAUGUUUAGAGCAUACUAUAUAAUCUCAUUUACAAUAUUUUUAUUUCUUAAAAUUUUCUCUGAACUUCCAACUUUAUACUUUCGUUUGUUGCCGAAAAAAUAGGUUCAUAUUUCAGAGCAAGUAAUUGAUCUUUUUAAAAAUUGUACAUUACCUGUUACUUUCCCACUUAUGAAUGAAGGAAACACAACAUGGAAUCUUACAUAAAGUAAACAAUGUGUAAAAUAUGAAUGGUUUAUCUUGUCUCUACUGAACACAUGAAUUUUUCAUGAAAAUGUAUGAACUGUUUAAAGGAAUCUAAAAUAAAUAAGAAUUCUUUAUCUCUAAGUUUAUUUUCUCUAAAAAUACAGAAGCAGGUAGACAGAGAUAAUAAAAUAAUACUAAAUUUGAGCAAAAGCCAUAAAAAUGUGUUCUAGCUACACAAUCAACUUCAGAUAAAAGACAAUUAGCACCACUAUUGUGGAUCUCCUUUAAAAGGUGCAAGAUGAAAUAAUUGGAAAAUCAAGAUAUGAAAUUACAUUUUUAAAGAUAAUAAAAUUAAGAGCUACAUAUCAGCAUAGAAAACAUUUCUAUGACCUUAGACACAAAUGAUACAAAUCACGAGAUCAUUUUUUUUCUUUCUUUUUUUUUGUUUUUCUUAAUGAAGGGGAAAAAUGUGAAAUUCUAAUUCCUCCAAAAAUGGGGAGCUGGGCUUAUUUGCAGUGCACACUGGAGUAGGCAGGGUAUAAAGAAGAAAAUAACAGUAAUAUUGUUUAUUAGUAACAAUAAAAAUUAGAAAACAUUAUACCUAUGUCACCCCCCUCCCCAGUAAAAAAAAAAAAAAAAAAAAAAAAA